UCAGUUCAAUCGCCGCAACGUGCCACGCUGCUCGUGCGGUCACGCGCGUGCGUGACAACUCAACCGGGGGCAGUAAACGUGCAGCUCUGUCUGCCAGUAGCCGCGUUCAACUGGUUACCGAAGCACCGACGGACCUCGAGGAGCAGCUAUACAUGAAUUCGCCAUUGCUAUCCCCUUUCACGGCGGGCAGCUGGUCUAACGCUGGUGUCCCAUGGCAGCAUGUCGCGGACUCGCGGGAACACUCGGCCGCAGCCACCGAGCCAGCGCUGCUGCUGCUGCUGACACGCGCCGCUGAGACGGGACCUCGUACUAGCUGGUCACAUCAAUCCUUUGCCACCAUCAUGGAGCAAAACAACACGCUAUCAGUCAUCAUGUUCAUGGCCAUGUUCGGGGGCAGCACAUUCCUGCUAUUUCUAUUGUGCUACUGCUGCCAACGAAAAAUGAGAGAAAAUGCAUUUGCACCUUUGGACAAUGCUACGAUGGCUCAUCACCCACAGGUGUCGACAAACUUGGCACCACAGACAACACAAAUAAUGCCAAGUGGGCCACCUCCAAACUAUGAUGCUGUUGUCAAGAAAGACCCAGCAGAUCUCGAGCCACCUCCAUAUGAAGUUGCUGUGGCAAGCCUUCAAGCUAGUGGCUACGUCUAAGGGCUGCAUUGCCAGCUUAUUUAUUUCAUCCUUCAGUGACCCUGCAAUGUUCAUUCAAGAACUGCAAAGCUGAAAUGUGCACCCUACAAGACCUAUACGGCAUGGGCUUACACUCUUUCAAGCCAUGAAACAAUGAAGCUUAUUUAUUUACCCCCACCAUCAUCAGUCAAUGACUGUUUCUACUGACAGUAUUUUUCAUAAUCACACAAUAAAAGUUUUAAAGACAGUGUA